AUGGUUGUUGGCACCAAACUCAGUAGCACUGAUAGUGGUCUAUUUGAGAAUCCAAGUUUGUAUAGAAGCACAAUAGAGACUUCACAAUAUCUAACUCUUACUAGACCAGAUAUUAGCUUCACUGUGAAUAGACUAAGUCAGUUUGUGCAAGCACCAACUGACUUACAAUGGCAAGCUUAUGAAAGAGUUCUCAAGUAUAUUAAAGAUACACUGAAUUUUGGACUGCAAUUCAAACCUGCCAGUUCACUUCAUGUUGAGUGUUAUGCUGAUGCCAACUGGGGUAGCAACAUUGAGGACAGAAGGUCUACUAGUGGGUAUUACGUGUACUUGGGUCCUAACUUAAUACAAUGGAGUUCAAGAAAGCAAAAAGUGGUUGCUCUCUCAUCCACUGAAGCUGAAUACAGGGCCUUAGCACACACUGCCACUGAGAUAGCAUGGCUUCAGAGUAUGUUUUUUGAAUUGGGCAUUUCCUUACAUACAACACCUGUUAUUUGGUGUAAUAACGUUAGUGCAGGGGCUCUUGCUUCUAACCGAGUAUUUCAUGGCCAAACAAAACACAUCGCGAUUGAUGCUCAUUAUAUAAGAGAGGAAGUACUAGCCAAGAGUCUUGCUAUUCAGUAUGUGUCAUCUAAGUUGCAAAUUGCUGAUUUAUUAACAAAACCCUUGUCUACUGCUCAGUUUAGUGAAUUAAGGCAGAAAUUCAAUGUUGUCUCAGCAGAUGUUGCAGUCUAA